AUGGCUUGUGGCUUGGAGAAACAUGAACCAAUCUGCAAAAAGAUGUCGAAAAGUCGCCGAAAGAUAUUUGAUUCAGGAAAGCAAAGAGCGACAGGUUCGGAUAUUACAAUUACCGGCGUUAGAAAUGCUCAAAAGGAACGCGAGAUGGUUGGCGGCACAUUUCCUCGACCUAAAACGAGUUGGCGAGAAAAGCACGAAUCGUUUGUUAGCGCAGUGUCGGCAUCAAAACAAGUGGAUUAUGCGUUGAAAACGGGUACUUCGUUAUCCCUUCCUCCUAAAACAUCUCUUACAAGAGGUAAACUCGGCAAGUUUCAUAGUGCUACACCUUAUUAG